AAGAGUGUGUCAGGAGAGGAGAGAAAUGACACACGGAUGAGGAGAGAGACACACACAUUAGAGAAACACGGAGGAAGAGAUUGAAAGGAAAGAAAGGAAAGCAGACGCCCAGGGAGGGGGCGGAUCCAAACAUUAAGAGGAGAAUAGGAGAAGAAAGAGUGAGCAGAGAGAGAGAGCGAGAGGAGAAACACGGCAACAAGCCUGAAGAGCAACCAGUCGCGAGGAGCUGCUCCAGGAGCUGCUUCAGGAGCGUGCUGCGGAGCUGCGGCGGCGGCUAGCACACAGGUGCGUACAGGUGUUCUCCUGUAUGAGAGAGGAUGGCGAGCGCUCAGCCGGGGGUCCAUGCUCUGAAACUCCAGACCCCCUGCGUCUGCAGCGCGCUGAGGAAUGGAAGCAACUUCACCAAAUGGGACGACGACCUGUCAACCUUGGCCCCCGUCACCCUCCAAGUGGAUCCACACGGGUUCUACCUGUACUGGACCGACCACAACAAGGAGACAGAGCUCCUGGACCUGACUCUGGUGAAGGACGUCAGGACCGGCCGCAGCACCCGAACCCCAAAGGAGGCCAAGCUGCGUGAGCUGCUCGAUGUUGGGAACCUGGUUGGUCGGCUGGAGAACCGCAUGGUCACCGUGGUUACGGCUUCAGACCUCGUUAACGUCAACCAGCUGAACUUCAUCGCAUCGCAAGAGGAUGAGGCCAAGAUGUGGUGUGAGGAACUCUUUGCUCUGUCUUCCAACCUUCUGAGCCACAAUCUCAAUAGAGACCAAAGCCUCCUCAAGGCAUACGUGAAGCUGAGCCUCCAGCCCAACGCCGAAGGCAGAAUCCCCAUCAAGAACAUCGUCCGGCUGUUCUCCUCAGACAGGAAGAGGGUGGAGACCGCCCUGGAGAGCAGCAGGCUGCCCUUCGGACGGGGUGACAGUAUUAAACUGGAAGACUUUUCACCAGAAGUCUACCGGAGCUUCCUGGAGAAUCUUUGUCCACGGCCAGAACUCACCAGUGUGUUCAAACUAAAGGGUGCGGAUGACGGGCUGGUCUCUGUCCACCAGCUGACGGAGUUCAUCAACAACAAACAGCGAGACCCCCGGCUGAACGAGAUCCUGUAUCCGCCGCUGCGGCCCGCACAGACCCUCGCUCUGAUGGACCGAUACCAGCAAGACAAGGGUCUGCUGAACAAAGGCCUCAUCUCUCUCCAGUCGUUCAGUAGUUACCUGUCCAGUGAUGAGAACGGAGUGAUACCUCCGGAGAAGCUGGACCAGUCUGAAGACAUGAGCUUCCCUCUUUCUCACUACUUCAUCAACUCAUCACACAACACAUACCUGACCGCGGGUCAGCUGGCCGGCAGCUCGUCUGUGGAGAUGUACCGACAGGUGCUGCUGGCUGGCUGUCGCUGCGUGGAGCUGGACGUGUGGAAGGGGCGCACUGCAGAGGAGGAGCCCGUCAUCACACACGGCUUCACCAUGACCUCUGAGAUCCCCUUCAAGGAAGUGAUUGAAGCCAUUGCAGAGUGCGCUUUCAAAACAUCCCCUUUCCCUGUCAUUCUGUCUUUCGAAAAUCAUGUUGACUCCCUGAAACAGCAGGCCAAGAUGGCUGAGUAUUGCCGUUCUAUCUUUGGGGAAGCUCUGUUGAUUGAUCCCCUAGACAAAUAUCCUCUUGAAUCUGGGGUCCCCCUGCCCAGUCCUCAGGAGCUGAUGGGUAAGAUCCUCAUCAAGAAUAAGAAGUCCCAUAAAGCCGCAGUGGCCCCUGAAGUCAAGAGGUUGACUGACCAACCAUCCAAUCAGAAUGCAGAGUCCACGUCGCCAAGCAACCACAUCAGCGAGAUAGAGGCCGAGAGUGAGGAAGACGAUGAGGAUGAAGACGACGAGGGUAAAAAGGGGUCAGCAGAGAGAGAGGCGGUGGCCACUGAGGAGAUGUCCACCCUGGUCAACUACGUCCAGCCCACCAAGUUCAACUCUUUUGAGGCAUCCAAGAAGGCUGGCAGGUCUUUCCAGAUGUCGUCCUUUGUAGAGACCAAAGCACUGGAGCACCUCACCAAGUCCCCUGUGGAGUUUGUGGAAUACAAUAAAUCCCAGCUGAGUCGUAUAUACCCUAAGGGGACGCGAGUGGACUCCUCUAACUUCAUGCCUCAACUCUUCUGGAACGCCGGCUGUCAGCUGGUGGCGCUCAACUACCAAACGAUAGACCUUUCCACACAGCUGAAUCUCUUCAUGUAUGAGUACAAUGGCCGCAGCGGGUACAGGCUGAAGCCCGAGUUCAUGAGAAGGCCGGACAAACACUUUGACCCUUUCACAGAGAACACAGUCGACGGCAUUGUCGCCAACACUCUUUCUGUCAAGGUGAUCUCAGGCCAGUUCCUUACCGAGCGCAGAGUGGGUGUGUAUGUUGAGGUGGAGAUGUUCGGACUUCCUGUUGACACCAGGAGAAAAGCACUGAGGACCAAAACCUCUCAGAACAACGCCAUCAACCCUGUGUGGGACGAGGAGGCAGUGGUCUUCAAAAAGGUGAUUCUUCCUACCCUGGCCUCGCUAAGAAUCGCUGCUUUUGAAGAGGGAGGAAAGUUCAUCGGUCAUCGCAUCAUUCCAGUGUCUGCCAUACGACCAGGUUAUCGCUACAUCGGUCUGAGGAACGAGAGGAACCAGAACCUGAUUCUGCCCGCUGUGUUUGUGCAGCUAGAGGUUAAGGAUUAUGUACCGGACACUUUUGCAGAUGUGAUCGAGGCGCUGUCCAACCCCAUCCGCUACGUCAACCUGCUGGAGCAGCGGUCCAAGGCGCUGGCUGCCCUGACCCAGGAGGACGGAGAGGAGGAGGCCCACACUGAGGAGGAGGCUGAGAGCUCUUUAGACCGGAAGAACGACCCAGGGCCAAUCCCCGUAGAGAACGGUCUUAGCCCCGCCCCUGGGCCAACCAGCCAAACGCAAAUCACCACGACACCAAAGGCAACCGCAGCCAAUCAGCAGGCAGCAGCCACAGAAGCGGCCAAGCCCGCGGCCAAAACAGAAGAUCUGGUGCUCAGUGUUCUGAUAGACCUCCCGCUGUGUUCGCUGGAGAGCCUGCAGCAGCUCAAGGGCUACCAGAAGGAACAGAGGCGACAGUUCAAGGAGCUCAAAGAGCUGGUGAGACGGCACCAGAAGAAGACCUCUGAGCUCAUCAGAGACCUCAACAACCGCCACAAGAAGACUGCGCGACAGCACAGCAAGAACAGGAGUGAGUCUGCAGAAGGCGAGCGGGAGGAGGAGCUGCAGCAGCUGAAGGAGGAGCAGCACAAGCAUCUCCUGGCUCUGAGACAGGAGCAGUACUUCAGUCAGAAAUACCUGCAGAGGGAACACAUCAAAACGCUGACCGAGCGACUCACCGGCCUGGCGGAGGAGAAUCACAACACUCAGAUGAAGAAACUCAAAGACAUCUGUGAUAAGGAAAAGAAAGAGUUGAAGAAGCAAAUGGAUCGGAGGAGAACAGACAAGAUCAAUCAGGCCAAGACCAAAGAGAAACAUCUGGCAGAAGAGGAGAAGAUUGAGAUCAAUAAGUCCUACGUCACCGAAGUGGUUCAGAACAUCAAGCGGCUGGAGGAAACCCAAGCCAAGCGUCAGGACCAGAUGGGGGAGCAGAACGAGCAGCUCCUUCAGGAGAUACUGGAGCAGAAACCUACGCUCCUGGGAGCCGUGGAUGCUGACUUUCAGGAAAAGUUCCAGAUGUUACCGGGGGAGAUCGAGGACUUCCUGCUGGACAGGAAGUUGGCCCGCGGUCACAGCAAGUCCCGCUCCUCAACCCCACAUGACACUCUCUCAGAGGAAGACGGAUGAUAUAUUUGAAAGAGAGAGAUUGAGAGAGAGAGAGAGAGAGAGAGAGAGAGAGAGAGAGAGAGAGAGAGAGAGAGAGAGAGAGAGAGAGAGAGAGAGAGAGAGCAGACAAAGGGAAGAUGG